GUGGAGGGCCCGGGAGGGAGCCGCCGAGGUGCGGGUCGGAGAGGCCGGGCUACGCGGUGUCCUGCGCGUGAGCAGCUGCGGCGGCCGAGGCAGCAUCCAGCGGCGGAGCCAGCAGUUCCAGCCCGUUGCUUACUUUUUGCUGCACCAACACAGUCAUUAUGCCGAAGAGAAAGUCUCCAGAAAAUACAGAGGGCAAAGAUGGACCCAAAGUAACUAAACAGGAGCCCACAAGACGGUCUGCCAGAUUGUCAGCGAAACCUGCUCCACCAAAACCUGAACCUAAACCAAGAAAAACAUCUGCUAAGAAAGAACCUGGAACAAAGAUUAACAGAGGUGCUAAAGGGAAGAAGGAGGAAAAGCAGGAAGCUGGAAAGGAAGGUACUGCACCAUCUGAAAAUGGUGAAACUAAAGCUGAAGAGAUCCACAUCUCUCGCUCAACUGUUAAUGUCUCAUCCUCCAGAGGUACCCCACCCAGCACACUGUCAGUAAAAGGGCAGAUUGAAACAGUGAGAGUUAAGGGCACAGAAAACUGAAUCUGUAGAUAACGAGGGAGAAUGAAUUGUCAUGAGAAAUUGGGGUUGCUUUUAUGUACCUCUUGGGACAACUUUUAAAAGCUAUUUUUACCAAGUAUUUUGUAAAUCCUAAUUUUUUAGGACUCUACUAGUUGGCAUACAAAAAUAUAUAAGGAUGGACAUUUUAACCUCUCAUAGUCAUGCUUUUUGGAAAUUUCCAUCAUCCUGAAGUAAAAUAAAUAGCAAUUUAAUAUUGGAAGCUGUGUUUAAAAUUGAUUCAGCAUUCCAUGCAUUUGUUUUAAAAAUUUAGUCCUCUGCAUACUGUGGUGUUUUUACUGUGCAUAUUUGAAUUUUUCAUGUAGUUUUUCUAGAGCAAUAAUCAGUGGUGCUUUUGUAUCUAGGUUUUAUGUGAUUUUAAUGAAACAUGGAUAGUUGUGGCCACCUGCUGACUAUUUGUGGUUUAAAAUAAAAGGUUUUUCUUGUCUGCAAAA